CACUUGCGUCGCACGUACGUCAUGCGCUUUUAGACUGCGUAACAAAAUUUGGCCUUCAGGACGUACGGAAACCUGACGGCUGAAGCGAAAACGCCGAUUUCUCGGCUUUGAAAGUGUCCUCUGUGGAUCUGUUCGCAAAAUUCUGCUGCACUUGUUAAAGGGAAAUGGACGGUGAGCCGGCAACAAAGCUACGGCGACUGGAGACCAACGGUUCCGUGGAUGAUGCAGGGAAAGGUAACUCGGAAGUGAGAGGGGAGAAUGGCCGUACAUCCCUCAUGUUUGGCUUGAAGGAGGAAGUUGGAAUACUCGCACGCACUCUCAAGUUAUUUGAGGAACAUGGCAUCAACUUGUCGCAGAUUGAGUCCCGCCCCUCCAAGGGGGACGAGGGCAGCUAUGAGUUUCUGGUCAUCUGCGAAGAGAAGGCGGACAAGUUGGACACUGUCCUGGAUAAGCUGAAAGAGGAAGCAACAUACGUCCACGUGUUGUCGCGCUCCCAAGAAGAAAAUACGAGCUCUGUCGAGAAAAUUCCGUGGUUUCCAAGGAGGAUCAAGGAUACGGACGAGUUUGCCAACAACAUCUUGAGCUACGGAGCAGAGUUAGAUGCCGACCAUCCUGGCUUCACUGAUCCUGUGUACCGCGCCAGGCGCAAAGAAUUUGCUGACAUUGCCUUCAACUACAAACAUGGGACCCCGAUUCCCCACGUUACCUACACAGCCGACGAGAUCAAGACCUGGGGCACCAUGUUCCGAGAGCUUACCAAGCUGUUCCCCACCCACGCCUGCCGUGAAUUCAACCACAUCUUCCCCCUCCUGGUGGAGAACUGUGGCUACCGAGAGGACAACAUUCCGCAACUUGAGGAUGUCUCAAACUUCCUCAAAGAUUGCACAGGUUUCACCCUGCGUCCGGUGGCAGGGCUGCUCUCUCCCCGGGAUUUCCUGGCUGGCUUGGCAUUCCGCGUGUUCCACAGCACCCAGUACAUCAGGCACGGGUCAAACCCUUGGUACACGCCAGAACCUGAUGUUUGCCAUGAGCUGAUUGGACAUGUGCCGUUGUUUGCUGAUCCGAGCUUUGCUCAGUUUUCACAGGAGAUUGGUCUUGCUUCUCUGGGUGCACCUGAUGAAUACAUAGAGAAGCUGUCAACAUGCUACUGGUUCACUGUGGAGUUCGGGAUGUGUAUUCAGAAUGGUCAACGCAAAGCAUACGGUGCUGGGCUGCUGUCCUCCUACGGGGAACUGCAGUACUGUCUGACUGACAAACCUGAGUUCAAACCCUUUAACCCGGCUAAGACGGCCGUGCAGAAAUACCCCAUCUCCAGUUUCCAGCCAAUGUACUUUGUAGCCGAGAGCUUUGAAGACGCCAAGGAUAAAAUGAGGCAAUUUGCCUCCGUCAUCCCGCGGCCCUUCUCGGUCCGCUACAAUGCCUACACUCAGUCGGUGGAGGUGUUGGAGAAGAAGACACAGCUGAAGGAGCUGGCCCAGUCUAUCCGAGGGGACCUGAACAUCUUGAUCGAUGCUGUCAACAAAGUCUCCUAAACACGCCCAAGUUUUCCACGGAUACUUCCUGGGACAUCGCACCAAGGAACUUCAAAAGUAACUCAAAAAUGGCAUAAAUAAGCAAAAUCAUUUUUAGUUGACUUUCCAAAAACUGCUUUAAUAGUUUCUUCAAUCCUUAAAAUAUUUUUGACAUAUGUUUAUAUUACUAUCAUAGUUAAAAUACGCUACAAUUCCAAGCACACAGCAGUGCAAAGAAUCAAGAAUUUGUACAUUAAUAAUUGUCAGUGGCUUUGAAAAGAAGGGAUUUCAUGAUAAGGCCAGAGUACAUCUACAUGUGACCAGCCACAACACUCAUGGAAAUGAAAAUCAAAAUGGCACAAUAGUUGGAAGUUGCAGCAUUGAGCAUGGAUACUGAGAAUGUUUCACAGUCAUGAGUGAACUUUGACCUCUGAGCUUAGUAGCUGGCCUUCUAGCCUGAAAAGGCAAAGUACAAAAGUAGCAUCUUUACUACAAGCUCAGAAGAAGGAGAAUUUACAUGUAAAUGCAGGUUACCUUCAGUUAAAUAUCUCUGAUUGUGAGUUUGUUAUACAUAGUGCAUUUUGUCUUGUAGAGAUACGAUCACAUUUCUUUCACAUAGGCUAACACUUCAGAAUCAUUUGAUAAAGAAAUAUAUCUAAAUCUUUUAUUCAAGUUUAUUUCUGAAUCGAGGUGUACAACAUCUUUGCAUUGAGGUGUUCAGUUCAUCUAGAAAGGAUUAUUUUUGUCUUCUAAAGAUAUAUUACACUCUAUUCAUUGCUUUAUUAGCUAGCUCUGUGGUGUUGCAUUUUGACAUUGAUUUAGAAGUAUAAUUUUGACUACUGUGAGUGGUGUAGUGAAACCAACCUCCUGAGGUGAUCUGUGGAGCAUAUCAAUUUUUCCCCGAGGCCAAAUUUUCAGAUAAAGUUGCCAAUAUUUAUUUCACAACAUGUCUCCUGCAGGUUCUGCUUGAUUUAACUGAUUAAUUUGAUCUAAAUAUUCAUAAACUUUGCGGCUGUUUGAAUCAGAAAUUUGUUGGAAAUUUGCAGCACUUUCCAAUUUAACUCUUCACAGGAUGUCUGAAACCCAGCUCUGUAUAUGUAGCGCUA